AUGGAUUCAACCAUAACAGAACACGACUUUCGAUUUUCUCAACGGCCCGAUCAUCCAGGCCAUGAUGAUGGAGGUGGCGGCCACCAGAGCCUCACCGCCGUCAGCUCUGAAUUGUCUCAGGCCUUUGUCAUCGCCAGCAAUGACUUACUCGGCAACGCUUUGUUUCCAUCUCUCGAUAACGCAGCAGUCGAUGCCACCCUAUCGAUUGACCAGUUGCAGUAUGAUGACCCGCUGGCCGCCGCCCAGGUCUGGAAUUUCUUCACGAAAGCAAGGCCGCAGCUGCAGAACCGACAGCGCCUCGAGAAUCUCACCUGGCGCAUGAUGGCUCUGAGCAUGCGCAAGAAGAAACAGGGGGGUGAAGCUCGCCAGCUUAAGGACUACCAGAGCAGUGGCAUUGCCCGAUUACGAAAGACUUCAGAAACAAAAAUCAAUGCCGGCAACAAUGCACACGCCAUGAAUCUCGGCCAUGACAUCUUUUCUGAAAAUAUCGCUAGCGCAUCUAGUCUCAUGUCCCCGCUACCGGCUUCCAAGCUCGACGACGUAUGUCCUGCAGGUGAUCAAUCGGCUUCUGGAAUCCCCAUCAAGCCUCGCAAGGACUCUGCUGCCAAUCACUUCGUAUCUCAGUCGGACCCGCUUCACCAGCGAUCAGGUAAUGAGGAGUUCAACCACGUCCAGCGUCAUAAUCACAAAACAAGAAUUGAUGAAGGUCGUAACCGGAAACGCCCCGUCAACUUGUCACCGCAGGUACUGGCAGUCAACGGCAGCACAUCAAGCGGAUUCUCCAAUCUUGAAGUUGAUUCUGAGCUUCAGGGAUAUUCUCUUGACACCACCAGCUCGGUUACGAUGCAGCAAUUGUCUCAAGGCGGUGAUUACCCUGUUCGCUUUGCUCUUGACACUUUCACGGACGUGAACCCGGCGGCACAGUUUCGGCAGAAGUUUUCAUUUUUUCUCUCCAAUUCUCCAAUGAUACCCCAUGGUCUUCUCUCCAACAUGUAUAAUACUGGCUCCUUGGUUCCAAAUUCGUCUCUCAACAAUGCCGACCUGAACUCGCCGCCGGGAUCUGCCUACCAGCCAACUGUUUCCACUCCCAUGGCUAUUGGUGAUGGCGAUGGCUUGUAUUCUGACUCUCAAGAUAAUCGCAAGCAGCGGCCUCAAAGUAUGCGUCAGCAAACUACUCAGAACAUGAGCAACAACCUGGGCCAUAAUGAACAGUUUAUGUAUACCGGUUCCAAUACCGGUAGCCAGAUGUAUUCGGCCAUAGGUACAGAGUCUGGAUCCAAAUCCACAUUUAGCACUGCUCUAAGCUCACUUAGCCACGUCAACCCGAGUCAGGUAUUCCAGACUGAUAGUCAAAUUGCGUCGCCCGCUGUCUUCAGGCGGCCGGACGACAUGUUCUCAUUUGGAGGAGAUUCCGAUGACGAGGACGGCGGCAAUAACAUGCAAGCGGGGAACCUGCAAAUGCAUAGUGACUUCUUGUCGUUCGUGGAUGAUGAAGCGCCAACGGGCUGGAACGCCUCGCUUCCUGGACAGUUCAGUCCCCAGACUACUCGGUUCCCUGGCGGUCCUCGCAAGCAGGUGAUGAUUGGCCGCACAACCACCGACUAUGUGGACAAUAGUGGUGACUGGGAGAGCCCCGGACUGGGGCGGUCUCUGUCGUUCAAGGCUAGUAACGACAAGAGACAGCAGAAGCUUCCUCGGACGGCAUCAACCACAUCGCAUAUGGCCGCCAAGCACGAUGGCUUUGAACAAAUUGCCCAGAGCUUGCCUACUCCUCGCACCGACGUGCCUGGUAUCACGUCAGAAUUUUCGUCUGUUGCUCCAAAUCGCCCGUUGUCUCCCCCGUCCUCCAAAUGUGGUUCAUCAACCAACUUGCAGGCAGCUGGCGGCAAUCAGAACGAUGGUAGCGCGCCAGAAUGUACAAACUGCUUUACCCAGGCUACGCCGCUGUGGAGACGAAAUCCGGAUGGCCAGCCUCUGUGCAAUGCUUGCGGGCUGUUCCUUAAGCUGCAUGGUGUUGUCCGACCUUUGAGUUUGAAGACUGACGUUAUCAGGAAGAGGAACAGAGGUUCGAUGCCUGAUGGAUCUGGUGGCAGGGCGAGAUCGAGAAAGAACCACACUGGCUCUGCCGCGUCUCCCAAGAGCUCAACUUUAUCAAUUGCCACUGUGGCUGCAGGUAGCAAAAACGCCAACUCUAACAUGAACAGUGCCAAUAGCAGGACUUCCCUUCCAGCUACCCGAACUAUGCUGCCGAAGUACUGCGAGAGUCGCGUGGCCACGAGCACGAGCGCCGGUCCUAACACGACUGGUAGCACCCCGAACAGCCAUUAUGGUAACAAGGGUGCCGAUGCUGCAGCUGCCGGCGACAACGGUGUUGUUCCCAUCGCUGUUGCUCCACCUAUGGCAACUCCUGGCCCAGGUGCCUCGUCUGCUUCACGAUCCGGACUGCCCUCGGCUUCCUCCAAACAACAACACAAGCAAAGCAGGAGGGUCGUCGCUGAUGACGUUUCGGACAUCGAUAUUGGCAGCCACAACGAAGCGACUGGACCUAGCGACAUGUUGCGAUCCAUCGGCUACUCGCCUCACAAGCCAUCUGUUUCCAGCACUACGCUAUCGAGCAGCUUAAUCGUGGCUCCUCAACGACAUCUGGCGGCCCAUGGAGGCAUGAUUCAAAUGAACCACCAUCUACCAGAGGCCCCUCAACACAACGUGGGAGGGCCUACAAUCGGUUCUCAGGAAUGGGAAUGGCUAAUAAUGAGUCUUUAA